AUGGAGCAUAAACAGAUUUCCUCACUGCCAAGUAAUUCUGUUUCGUUAUUAUUGAAUCCAGCUCAAACGACCAUAUCGUACGCCAAUGACGAAAGAAAACACGUAAUAGAUAAGGGAGAAACCUCCAGUCAUUCUACCACUUCUAAAAAUAAGUUUACUACCAAUUCAGUCGCAGAAGCGCUGAUACCGAAAAUCCCAGUGCCCGACCAGUUUGAAAACAACCAUUCCAAGACGACUCUUCCGAGGAAAGUUAUAGACGGUCAAUCAGCCUCUACUUCUUUCACACAAAAUAACAACUCUCACAACCCAUAUUUGUAUACGCAACACAGGACGAGAUCUAAUGCACCUUUCGAUCCACUCCAAAUUCAUUGUGGAAAGGUUAUCAAUAAUGCCAGGGUUGUGAGUGAGGGUACCAUAUCAGGAAUUCAUUAUACAGUUCAAGAGGGAUCGAUCCCUACUAUCACGGUCAAGGGAAACACGGAUGAUUUUCCCACGCCAUUUGAACUUUAUAGAAUAAUGGAACCACUUGGCAAACAAUUCGGUGCUGUCAAGAUUGACUUUAAUCAUUGUGAUAACUCACCCUUCAAUGCCUUUAAUUUGGACACAGAGAACUUUUGGUUCAAGCCUAGAAAGCAGCAUACAAACUCAUAUGAUGUAGAACUACAGAAAAGACUCAAGCUCCACCAUGAUUUAUACUGCUUUCAUAAGGGAAAAAAAGAUAUAAAGGGAAAUCCAACACUAGGCAAAAUUCCAAGUAUAGACAAGAGGACGUUAGAUUUACACAGGCUACGAUCCUGUGUUCAACUGAGAGGGGGCUUCGACACUGUUUGCCAAAAAAAGUUAUGGGCCCAAAUAGGAAGAGAACUUGGAUACUCAGGAAGGAUUAUGAGCUCUUUAUCAACGUCUUUAAGAUCUGCCUACCUUAAAGUGUUUUCUGAAUUUGAUGCUUAUGAAAGACAACAUAAGCAAGCAGCAAGCCACCAGGUGAUAAGCAGUGAUAUGUCCAUACAACAAAACAGCUUUUACAAUACUAUGAAAAGAACUCUAGAAGAAGAUCAUCGUGAUGCCCUCAAUCCUAACCAACAGACAGGUCCACCUGUAAAGAUAGCACAUAUUGAAAAUAGAAUAAACAAUGAGUUCGGUGGUUCCGGUAAGGAGUAUUUUAGAAUGAGAGAUAUACUAGAUGCAAAAGGGUUUACGACUAGAUUUGGAUCUGUCACUGAGCAGAAAGUUGGAUUGACAGAUGCCAAUGAGUCUACACUACCUGGUUACAAUUUUAGUCUAUGGAACAAUCAACUAGAGAUAUAUGACAAAUCUAUGUACGAGUGGAAGAACUCGCCUAUCUACAAUUUGAGACAAUAUCACGAGAAAGCUGAACGACAUCGUGAAAUUGUCAAUUCAACAGUAGAGGAAUUAUUUCCACACCUUUCUCAUGUUGGAAAAGAAAUAUCACUACUUGAUUUUGAAAGGCUGUAUUAUACAAUUUUGAAAGAGGAGUCCUUGUCAUUCGAUGUUGAUACAGGGAUAGAUUUGCCUACGAUAGUGCAUGGAAGCACUUUCUCAACAUCGAAGAUGGCGAGUUCCGACGAAACGAAACGUCUUAUAGAUGCCUGGAAUUUAAAUACAAUAAACCUUUCUGAAAAAUCCCUCCUUCAAUACCAAGAUCUCGAUUUUGGAAACCUGGCAGGUGGUAAAAUUGAUGUAGGCAUGAUGCUCUCUACUUCUGGUUGGGCUCUAGAAGACGAAUUCUUACCCUUACUUGAUUUUUCCUAUUUGGGAUCAUCGAAAGUAUGGUAUUUUGUCCCUCCUCAGUAUCGAAAUUCUCUUGAGGCCCUUUUUGAUGAUAUACGUAAUAAAAAAGAAGUGAAAUCUUCUGAUCAGUUUGAAGCGGACUUCACUGAGUCAGAUUUCUUUCAGAGCUUUCAAGAAACUAACUUUUUGGAUCAACAUAAAACUUCUCGCAAAAGAAGCAUUAAUCAUAUGUUUCUGAAAAAUUUAGUCCAAGAUAAGCAUAAUUCUUAUACACCCAAUGACUUUCAAAUCUCAACUUCUGAACUCUCAGCUUCUCAUAUCAGAUAUUUCAAAGUUAUUCAAGAUCCGAAGACAUUUAUUAUGAAAUAUCCACAAGUCUAUUCAACUUCAAUUAGUUCAGGAUUUCAAAUAUCAGAAAAAUCUUUGUUUGCCCCUGAAGAAUGGGUGAACAAUAUUCCCGACGCUGAAUUAUGGAGAGCUGAGAAUAAACUUCUACCCUCUAUUCUUCCCUUCCAGUUUUUUGUUAAUAUCGUUGAAAGCUCGAAUGAUAGAGAUCUCUUAAAAAGAGUUACGCCAUUGUUGAUGAAUCUAAUUAAGGAUGAAUUGCAUUUUAGAUCUUUAGUGCCACAUCAUAUACCCCGUGUCUCUAAUAAAUUCGAUCCAAUAUCUGACAUAGAUCUUUCUCCCUGUGGUGGGUCAAAGAUUGUUAUUGCUAAUGAUUUCGAUUGUGUGACCAUUUCAGUCAAACAAUUCCUCGAGCUGGAAAAGAAACUUAUCGAUCUAGGGGACUCAAAAGUUGAGCUGCAUGAGUAUUAUUCAGAAUCUUAUUUAAAAGGACUGAUUUCAAGAUUUAGCAACGAGAACCUACAAACACAAACUGCCACGGAUCGUGAACCGUCAUUGUUAAGAAGGAUAGAAUCACUGAAAGCUGAAACCAAUAAUGACUCUAAAAUUACCUUUAAUGAGUUGAACAGAUUACUAUUGACUUGUGAAGAUGGGAACAACGAAGAAUACCUGCCAUUGAAGGAGGUUAUCAAAGAAUCUCAAAGAAUCAUGAAUGAAUGCCAAGAUAUACUAGAAAGAGCAGAGGUGUUUAAAUCAGAGAAAUUUCAUCUAGAAGACUCAUUUGCUAUGAGGAGAUUAGAGGUUCCACAUUUUGAUGUCACUAUUGAUGAACUGAAUUCAGUUUGCCGAGAGUUAAAUAAAUCCUAUGUGAGAAUCGAAAUAGGCGACAACGUUAAAAUAUUAGUGAGUACCUUCACAAAAUUCCAAAAGGAAGCACAGCUCAACCUAGAUUCUGAUGACCUGACACAGCUUAAGAAGAUAUAUGCGAAUGGUUUAUCCCUAGGUGUCCGCUCUAAGUACUUGGAAAUUUACGCUGAUAAGAUAACAAAACUUCAAUGGCUUAAUGUUUAUGAAAAUGUUUUUGUUAACCACACAGUCAUUGCAGAUGAUGCAAAGGCUGAAAAUUAUUCGCUGACGUCCAUGCGCUCCUACCUUUCACUUGGCGUUGAAUUGUUUGGAGAUCUGAGGCUAACAGAGUUAGAAACAGUUGCAGAUGAAUUAAAGAACGGCCAAUCCGUUAUGACAUUAUCGCGGAAACUUUUAGCUGACAAGACUCACCGUAUGAAAGUUACAGAACUAGAAGAACUUGUUCGAAAGGCAAACUCACUCCUGAUACCAUGGGGCUCUUCCUUGAAAGUACAUUUGGAAACCAUUUCAAAAACCAUCACAAACGCUCGUUCGAUCUUACUACCGAUGCAGAAGCGAUUGUCUACCAAUGAAGCUCACAUAUCAGCAUUUGAAACUGCAAUCAGUGCGGGAAAUCUCACUGACACCGCUAUCCUGAAGAAUUUCGAUGGAUCGGAGGACGAUAAAAGGUUAACCCAAACGGAAGCAAUACAAUCUUUGGAACACCCACUCUAUUCAAAACAUAUGAAAUCGACAAAAUUAUGGCAACAAGAGUUCAACAAAGUUUUCGUUACCGGGAAAGCAGGUCUAAAGGCAUUAUUAAAGAAAGCCGGACAAUGUUGGGACCCAACUGAUCUUUACAGCUCUACAGAAGAAAAUAACAAUAAAUACUGUUUUUGCAGGCGAGGCGAUAACGGUAACGUCAUGGUACAAUGUGAAAUAUGCAGCGAAUGGUACCAUACUUCAUGCAUCAAUGGCGGGAAAUGGCUUCUUCCGGAAGACGAUGGAACCGUUUUCUGCUGCGAAAUAUGCUUGCAUCGAACUGGUAACUCGCCCACAGGAACCAUCUCGUUGGAUCAAAUUCGAAUGCUGGUUCUACAAUCAGGGAAACUUUCCAUCUUACCAGAAAGGGCCUUAAUUUUGGACUUGUUCGAGUUAUUUAAGCUAUCUGACACAUAUUUUGCCGAAGCAAACCAAAUGAUGUUCACAUUGGAACAAUCCAAAAUGGAAACUACAAAUACUUCUUUGCAAGAACUAGUGAAAAAGGUAAAGUUCCACCUUCGCAAGAUAUUAGGUGCAGGCGUAACAAUGCCCGAUAUCACCAACAGGAUGACAGAGUAUUGCAGAUACAGUGAUGAACUGAAGACCAGAGAAAUCUUGAAGUCCAACAUAAAGAUCAUCUCCGGAUACCCGGAAAAAUAG